GUUUCCAUCCCUCGCAAUGCCACUCGCAGCACAACGCAAAACACUGCGCGUGCAUUACAAGGACGCUGUCGAGGCAGCGCUCGCCGACCUCGCACGCCACCCACUCACAUCAUCAUCAUCAUCAUCAGACCCCAUCACGCCAACUGUCGAUGCAGUGCUGCGCUAUGAAGACGCGCUCGAGCGGCACCUUGUCGCGGCAGAGUUGCCCCAGCUCGAGCGCGAAGCCGUCCGCGGCGAAUCGCGUCAUCCGAAGGGCGAUGCGACAACCAAGGCGGAUGCCGGCCAGAGCUCGUCGUCAAACAGUCGCGCAACGUAUCUCGACCAUGCUGGCGCUGCGCCGGUGCCGCGGUCGCUGGUGGAGGCGCACUUGAGCGGGCUCGCGACAACACUGCUGGGCAACCCGCACAGCCACCACGACCACACGGCGAGCCGAGAGACCGGCGACGCGAUCGAUGCUGCACGGGCGGCCGUCUGCAAGCACUUUAACGUCUCGCUGCGGGACUACGCAGUCGUCUUCACCUCGGGCUGCACGGGCGCGCUCAAGCUCGUCGCGGACUGCUUGCUCACGCUGCCGCUCGCGCCCAAUGCCGCCCCGUCGUCCGUGGUUUCGGAAUUUAGCUAUCUGUGCGAUAAUCACACGUCCGUCUUGGGUAUGCGAGCUCCGGCAGCUGCAUCAGGCCGGACUGUGCGCUGCAUUCGGCCAGAUGAGCUGGUUUCAACCGCCACAGCUCCAGCACUCAACCAGACCUCGUCGCCCUCCGACUCUGCUCGCAACACGUUGUUUGUCUAUCCUGUGCAGAGCAACUUUUCUGGCGAAAAGUAUCCACUCGACUGGAUUAAUCAGUUGCAGUCCGCUCAGCUGCAAUUCUGUCCCACGCCUGCAACACAACACAACCCUGCACAGGAACGACAGCCGUUUGCGAAUACGAUUGUUUGCAUUGAUGCGUCGUCCAUGGCUGCAACAGCCGCCAUCGACCUGAGUGAGCACCCUGCCGACUUGGUGGCACUUUCAUUCUACAAGCUGUUUGGCUAUCCCACCGGCCUCGGUGCUUUACUGGUACGACGAACUUCCCGCGUUGUCCCGCUCAUGACGAAAUCGUACUUUGGUGGCGGCACGGUCGAGGCAGCCUCGGCCACAGACCCAUUCCAUGCUCCUCGGCGCGACCUGAGCGCUCGGCUGGAGGAUGGCACGCUGAAUUUUCAGGCCAUCGCCGCUCUCCCGCUUGGCUUUGCAUGGCUCGAUGCAAUGGCUAGGCAUGGACAACAGGCAGCGGCGUCUGACCAGUUGACGAGCCAUGCACUGCGCCUCGCGGUGACUUCGGGCGAUGUGAGCUCGUUUCGUGCCAUGCAUCUCAUUGCUUUGCAUACCCAUGCCCUCGCAGUUGUGCUCGCACGACAUCUCGAAGCGCUGCGAUCCCGGAACGGAGCACCAGUAUGUUGUCUGUAUCUCGGUCUACAAACGCCGGGCGAGCAGCCACACCCUCUUCGAUUCGAUUCGCACGGCGCCAUCGUUACAUUCAACGUCCUGCGCGCUGACGGCUCUACGGUGGGCUAUCGCGAGUUUGAAAAGCUUGCAGCUGUGCGUGGCAUCCAUCUCCGUGGUGGGUGCUUUUGCAACCCAGGCGCCUGCCAAAGCUUCCUGCACCUGACCACCGACGACAUUGUCCGAAACUACAAGGACGGACAUGUCUGCUGGGACGAUCGAGACAUCAUUCAUGGCCAAGCUACAGGUGCCAUUCGAGCGUCAUUUGGUGCGACCACGCGACUGUCAGAUAUCGCAACUUUGCUGCAGUUUGUGUGCGAAAUGUAUGCCAGCGACGAGGCAACAUUCACUGUUCCGCGCAGCCUGAGCGUCACUAGCAGCACCUGGCGCGAUGCAUUUAUUCUCAAGUCGAUCGUUGUGUUUCCCAUCAAGUCUUGUGGAGGCAUGUCUGUCGAAUCGUGGCCCAUCGGACCCUCAGGCCUGCUUUUCGAUCGCGAGUGGAUGAUUGUCACCCCCACAGACGUUUGUCUGAACCAAAAACGAGAGCCCAGGCUGGCACUCGUUACCCCUCGUAUCGAUCGAGCAAAUUCUACUUUUUCCCUCUCUGCUACAGGCGUGCAAGACUUGGUUGUUCCCUUGGCAGCCAUGCUUGGUGAUGACAAUUCGACAAUCCAAGCGUCGUGGUGCGAGACCGUUGUGUGCGGUGACAGUGUUUCAGGCGUUGUAUGCGGCGAGAUCGUAAACUCGUGGUUGUCCAGGUUCCUCGCUCGUCCGGUUCGGUUGCUGCGGUGCUCUGCGGCAAAUGGGAAUCGGAAAUGCACCUUGCCCAUCCCUCCGACUUUGUUACAAGACGCUGAUGCAACAGCAGACAAGCCUCCUCAAGUCACAAAUGCGGCUCUGUCCCUCGCCAACGAGUCGCCAUUUCUGCUCGUGUCCGAGUACAGUAUGGAAGCGGUCAACGGCUGGAUUGGGGAGCGUGUUGGCGGCAUGAAUGAUUCCGUCUUUGACACCAAGCCGCACGUACCCAUCGAUCGUUUCCGGGCAAAUUUCGUCAUUGGCCCUCCAUCGACGAUGCUUGCAGGCGAAGUGGAGUCAGAUGUGGCGAGUUCGCUCGCUUUCGUGGAAGAUCACGCGCAAAGUUUUGCUAUUGGUGGGACCCGCUUUGUAGCGUGCGGCCCAUGCACACGGUGCCAGAUGAUUUGUGUGGAUCAAGCGAAAGGCGUUGUCACAUCUGAACCGCUCGAAACACUGGCUCGGUUUCGAAAACAUCAAGGACGGAUUCUGUUUGGUGUUCACCUCAUGUGCGAUCAACCUGAUAUUGCGCAGAGUUCGAGUCUGGUCGAGUUGUGCGUAGAUGAUCCCGUGCUGUUGACAGUGUGAUAAAUUGUCGAGUAACAGAAAAAAAAAUCACC